AUGUUUCCCCAGGAAAUGUGCAUUGCGGUGCUUGACAGCCUACCAGGGAAAUUCAUAAAGCCAACUGCGUUAAAACAAGUGGAAAAGAUGGUGUCACUUCUUUUGAAAGUUGACCAGUCGAUCGACAUCGACCAGUGGUCUUUCUUUUCAAACAGGCCUUGUGAGAUUCCACAACAGGACAAUACCUAUGACUGUGGUAUUUUCACUUGUCUGUAUGCAAGAUGUUUGGCCAACAGAUGCCAAAUGAUCCCUAAAACUGAAGUUCCAACAUACAGGCAACUGAUGAUCCAAGAAUUGCACCAGAAAAAUCUAUGCCCAAUUCCACCACCAACUAUUCAACCGAGGGAAUACUGUGCAGUUGAUUACAUCAAAAACUAUUAUUUUGGCAGAGUAAUAGACAAAAAUGACAGUUUUGUCCAAUUCAAGUUCCUGCACAGAGUUGGUGCAACUACUUAUCAUUGGCCGAGGCGAGACGAUAUGGACAGAGUCCACCUUUCAAAUAUUUUUGCUGGUCCUGUUACUGUUCCUCACUUUAUUAGUGGACCAUUUGAAAUUCCAGAGCAACCAGCUGUGGAAAAACUCUUCAGAGUCAUUAGGAAACAUACAAGGGUUUAA